UGCCCAAUUCCUCUCGGCAUUUCUUAAGUAUUUUUUUUGAGAGAUUGCCCGAUGUUCUCUUGUGCCGCGAACGAAAGUGAAUUUACGGAAAACUGCGACGAUCUACGAUCCGUCAGGCACUUGGUCAAAACUCAGUUGCCAAAGUUCGUUUGCCGCGGCGCGUUCGAAAUCUCUCGACCCGGGUGGAUAUUUCUGAAAAUGUGCCAAAUCCACUGAGUACUCUCUAUAUACGCGUAUUCAGUAAAUAUUAUUUGCGGUAGAACUAAACACAAGACAGGGAAAAUGGGUCCAACAGUAUUUUGGGUGGUUUUCAUCGCCUGCCUGGUUUCCCUAAGGAGCGGGGAGUGUUUUGAGGCCAAGCGUUUCUAUGGAGUGGGACAAAGGAUCGAAGGGGACCAGCUUCUGGUCAAGGAUGUACGACAUUCCCAUCCAACGGGAGUUGAUGAGCUGCCCGAGGUCGAGUUUAAAUACGAUGUGGUGGAGCCAAUUACUUGUGUGGAAAUCAUAUCAGAGAAUAAUAUUUCAGCGGAGGUUGAGUUCAGCUUGGUAAACCGUCUGAUUGUGGGAGUGGUUCGGUUGGCGGGCAUCAACAAGAAUGAUACAUCUGGCAGAGGGGAGUUCGUUACGCUUCCCCCAGUAACCGAGUUCGACGUGACCAUCAUGGUGUUUGGCAUAAACGGAUCAAUACCCGAUAAUGAUGUCUCCCUGAUAAUAAACAGGGAUCAACAGUUUGUUGGCGUACUGGAGUCUAUCGAGGGCUUCGAAGAUGCUGAGGUUUUUGAUGUUUUCGACUACAACCGACGCGAUGCCUUGGAGGUUGAUGAUGAGGAGGAAGAUGAAUCCGGGGAGGAAAUCAUAGAAGAUACGGAGGAGCCAAUAGACACCACAGAUGAUUUCGAUAAGGGAAAGGAUAAAGAGAUCGAAAGGGGAAACCGCCAACUGGGCGAUAAAUUUCUGUAUGAUUGCUAUCAAACCACUAACAAUGAUUCCAAGAUGCCAACGAACAAUUCCCUGAUAUUCUACUACAUUGACACAACCUACAUAACCUAUGUGCAGUUUACUAUUUUCGAUCACUUUGCCGGACGGAACUACUCCGAUGCCAAUUACUUGCCUCCUGUGGUGGAGUUUAGUCACCUUUCCCCUGGCACCAUGAAAGCGGUCGUCACUGACUUCAACUCCUUGAGCCUGUAUGUCGGUAUGUUCAUCUAUGGCUACCCGGCCGGCCAGGUACCUAAUACCUAUGCUCCAUUCCUGCCGCUCCCGCCGCCGCCCGAUUGGCAGAAGCCAGUGCUGGACGGGCGCACUCCCAUGUGGACGCCACUUCAGAAAAUGCAGCUCCUGCUGAUGACAGGCCAGAUCACCCCGUCACCCGAGUCCGCCGUCUCUGACAGUGGCGAAAAUGACGAGAGUAGUCGUACUAUCCGGCCGGAGGAGAUGCUGUUCGAACACUCGGAGGUGGCGAAGGAUGAAACGAGCUCGGCACUCCGGCUGGAUCAGAUGGACAAGGGAUUGGGGGCUGUGCUGGGACUGCUGCUCCUGAUCCUUUACAACUAGAGUGCCCGGCUGGGGAGGCAUUAGUUAAUCCAUGGAAAGCUUUAUGAGUAGUCUUUAGUCCAACAUUCUGUGUAUUGUAUUUUAUGAAAUAAACUUUUGGCCUAAGCCAAGGCACACA